GACGGCCAAGGUUGGCUAGGUCUUUCUCGAACGCGGGGAUAGAGUUUGUGGUGCUGGGACGAGAUCGAUCGAUCGAUCGUGUCGCGGGAGGUGGAGAUUGCGAAUGCGAGUUUAGGUCUCGUAUCUGGGAGCGCGAGGAGGCUGUGCGCCGCGGUAUGUAGGUUUUGGAUCAGCUGUGGGGAGGAAAUCAUGCGUUGCUUGACGGAAGCGUUUCUAUCUAGCGAUUCUCGGCCGCCGGUCAGUGGCAGCGGGCUAAGCGAAGAUGAGCGAUUCAGCUAUGGCUACUCGAGCCUUUGCGGGAAGAGGAUGUCAAUGGAAGAUUUCUACGAUGCUAGAAUUUCCAAGAUAGAUGAUACUGUGGUGGGUUUGUUUGGAGUUUUCGAUGGACACGGUGGUUCUGAGGCUGCCGAGUAUGUGAAGAAAAACCUCUUUGACAACCUGACAAGACAUCCUCACUUUGUGAGCAACACGAAGCUUGCUAUUGAGGAGGCCUAUAGAAAAACCGAUGCGGACUACUUGCACAAUGGCCCCGAUCAGUGUGGCUCCACGGCCUCCACAGCGAUCUUGGUUGGAGAUCGCUUGCUUGUGGCCAACCUGGGCGAUUCACGAGCGGUGCUGUGCAAGGCUGGUGAAGCCGUUCCCUUAUCCAACGAUCACAAGCCGGAUCGAUCGGACGAGCGCCAAAGAAUAGAAAACGCUGGAGGAUAUGUCUUGUAUUUGGGAACCUGGAGAGUUGGAGGCGUGCUGGCCGUGUCUAGAGCCUUUGGAGACAGCUCGUUGAAGAAAUUCGUCCUCGCGGAUCCAGAGAUCCAGGAAGAGAGGAUAACGGAAGACGUCGAGUUUUUACUCCUCGCGAGCGAUGGUUUGUGGGAUGUUUUGACAAACCAGGACGCUGUGUCGAUGGUCCAAUCCAUACUGGAUCCGGAGGAAGCAGCCAAGAGAUUAACGAGCGAGGCGUAUGGCAAAGGAAGCGCUGACAAUAUAACUUGCGUCGUCGUGAGGUUCCUCCACAAGAACUCGAAGUGUGAAUAGAGUGUAUUGUUAUAAUUCUUGCUAACCGGUGUUUAACGUGUUAAUAAGCAUAAAAUAUUAUAAUAGAACUUUGAUCGAUCUAAA